GAAAAGGCCUAUGAUCGAAGAAGCUUAGUACCACGGCCCGGGAAAAAACCUUCUUCUGCCGUUGAUCCUAUGGUCGCAGAAGAUUUUCCCGCGCCGGCCCAUGCUCGACGCUGUGUCCACUUCUCGUGCCACUGAAUGACAAGAUGUUGCAGUAAGCACGCAAGGAUGCGGAAGCGCGCGCGGCCGCUUCCGCGUCGGCAGGAAUGCGCGGCUCUGCUGCUGUCGUGGUCACCAGCAUUAGCGUUAUUCGACGGGACUACCAUAGCCGCACAAUGGGUCCCGCCGCACUUCGGGGACCUCGCGACGUUACACGUGAACGCACCGGACCAAGCGGCCAGGGUUCACCUGCAGAAAAACGAACAGAGCAUUGUGCAGGCCGUGCAGAACCACUUUGGAGAAGAUCUUGGUACUAGACAGGAGGCUGGUGUUGAUUUCUCUGCUGCAGCGCGGAGAAGUAGCCCCACGAUAAUUCUUGGGGAUAGAAGUGCUGCUGCUAUCACGGGUUACGACAACUAUGGGUCAUCGAAUCCGUACUUUGGACGGCAAAGUAUAGCUCCUGGACGAGUCACAACAACAUCCACGCACGAGGACAAUCUCUCUUCGAGGCAGCAUGGCACGGAACUUCUGCAGGUUUCCCGCUCGGCGGCUCUGGAGCAGGCGGUCAGUGGAGCAAAUUCGCAAAUGCUGUCCACCGGUGCGCUGGCACUGGAAGGAGGGGGCACUGUACAACAGCAAAGCGGACAACAGGAAGGAAGCCAAGAAUUGCUGGAAAAAACGUUCGGUGCCAGGAGAACGAAUGCAGCACAGCAGCAGCUGCAACCGGCUGCAGCGGCAGGGGCAGGAACAGCAGCUGCAGGAACAGCUCCGGCCGCCACCGCUGCUGCCGCUCCCACCGGCGCCGCGGCGGCGGCGGCGAAUAACCCACUGAUAGCGCCGACCAACCCGACGAACCCAACGAAGGACAUGAUGGUGUACUACAACCGCGGCAUGGGGUGGCAAUGCCCCUCGCGCGAAACCGUUACCUCAGCCGAGGAGUGCGACGUGGCGGCAACGAAACUGGGGCUGGACAGAUUCUAUGCGAUAGAAAAUUCAUAUCCUCGCUCGUCCUGGUAGCAAAACUUGCAUGGCCAAUUUGACUCUAUUAUUUUCUUUUCCAACCGUGUUGGUGUUUCUAGUAGAAGUGGAAAUUAUGCAAUUUUUUCAUUGCAAAUCCCGACAGCAAGAACUGCUUCUGCUACGUCUACGAGUGCGAUAUUACUUUUGUACUGGAUAGCUUUGUCGCGGAAAUGGCCUCGGUGGACGAUCCUUUAGGGUUUCCGACUGGGUGUUUGUACGACGCGGGGAAGAGAAUCCUGUUGUUCAACCCCGGCACGGACAUCGGCGGAACGAACGGCACCGCCGUGGUGCACAACGUGCAGGGGGUGGGGUCCCAAACCCCCGCGAUGCAAUUGUCGAAGCAGCAGACCGGCGGAUUCACCCCGGCGUUGGACUUGCGAUUCCAAACGAUUUGCAAAACCCUGUUUCCGGACAACCGCUUACCGAACUUGAAGGACGAUGUGGUGUUGAACAUUGACUUGUCGUCCAAAGCGCACCUGAUCUGCGGUGAUGAAGUUGCGAUCCAGAAAUUGAGAACGCUUCUCGUCGACGAACAGGGGAUCCCGGCACAGAAUCUCCGGGUGACCUGCCACAAACUGGCAAAUUCGGGCGGCGAGUUCAAGCAGACGAUGCAGGAUUUAACGCUCGACGUGGCGGACCAACUCGGGUUCGUCUGCAGUUCUGCCGUCCGCGACGACUUCAAGAAAGCCUAUGCAACCGCCAUCGGGGUGUCGCCGUCGCAGGUGCAAAUCGCCGCGGUGACCACGGCGAACGGGUACGUUUACGAUCCGGUCUUGGACAGCUGCAGACGGGAAGACCAAGUCACCGGGCCGAGCGGGAUCACGCCAGCAAACGCCUUUGGAGCGAGUUUGCUGCAGGAGUCGGUCCGGAGUGGAAGGGGAAACAACAAUAAUUUUCGCGAAGGACCACGAACAUCCUCAACUGGAGUAGAUAGUGAUUCCAAACUGGUUUCCAUGGAGGAAUCCGGGAAGAAAAAUAGGCUGAUGGCACAACUCCAAGAAUUGCUGCAGGGAAAAGGGUUGAUGAGCGGUGGAACAACAAGCACAAAAAAUGGCGAAAAGAGUACCAGCUUGCUGGAAGUGGAGAGAAAACAGAAGGAAAACGACCAGAAGCAAAUCCUGGUGAAGGAAGCCCGGGUCCAAGGGCGCGGAGAAGCGAAGAUUUCCAUGAAGGUCACCACCGGAAAAGACGCGGAGCCGCAUUUGUCGGUGGAGAAAUUUUUGCAGAUCGUGAAGCCGAAAGACAUCUCCCUAGUCCAUUACUCCGCCCUGGGAAACGACUGCGGGAUUAACGGGAGCUGUAACACCGGGCAGUUUUGCUUCCAAUCCGCGGACAGAAGUGUACGGAACUGCAGAAUGUGCGAACCCUUCAUGCCGACGGGGUGCGGUACAGGGAGUUCGUCGGUUCAGCACGGGUUCGUCGUAAACGCCAUGUCUCCGUGGGCGGAAAACCAGUGCCAGAAAUUUUGCCUGAGUCCGGAGCAGAGUGCGACUAUGCUAACAGGAGCCACGAUGGGGCGACCUGAUUAUGCGGGUGACAACAUGAUCGGCGGUAGUUUGCUUCCCGCUUCCGCUGGAGCCGCUACUGCGUCAGGUAACCGUCCCUCUAUGGCCUUACUGCAGACCGGGUUUCUGGCAUCGAGGACGAAUGUUGAUGAGAAUUUAGACCGGCGAAACGCAGGUAAGAUUCUUUGUGUGGUAUUUUCCCGAUAGUUUGGUGACUGCUGCGAGAUGAAAGCAAUUGAGUUUGAUGUUUCCUUGCACCUUGACGCACUUUAGUGGACAGAUUUGAUGAUGUUGAUGUGGGGUGAUUGAAAUAAGUACGAUGGAUAGAAGACGAGCAAGUGCAAGCAUGUUCAACAAAUAGAAUGCAACGAACUAGAAGCAGGCUUACUUCUUCGCAAACUAGGUCUCCUGUGCGACGAGACUCCCUGUGCGAAUGGGUAUUUUUGCGGCCACCAAGUGGACCUGCAGUAUCCGAAGUGUGAGAAGUGCGGACCGCUGUGCUCCUCUAUCGCAAGAAAAAACUGCUUCACUGGAAACUUGUAAUGCAGAAAAUUUAUCUCAGAAGUGUAAGUGUUUGUCUUGCUACACGUGCAAGACAAUGGAACUUUAGCUGUGUUUUCCCUCGGAAAUCUCGCAUGGCAAAUUUUCUCUGUCAUGCAGAACAAACCUUUGAUGCAAAACUUGCAAAAUCUUUACAGUGACACACUUUUUUCGUUCUAUAUCCUCGUUUCUCGGGCUAUUGCCAAGGGGGUACUCCUCUUGCGAAGCGAGCUGCAGUGGUACUGGUACCUCCGCGAUGUUGAAGCGGAAUGGUAAAAAGAAUGACGAUAUCAUAGCACUGCCAACGACAAGUUUUCUGCAGCAAGGGAACCGCGUUGAGUCGUCACGACCUGCACGAGGAACAAGAGAGGGCCCUCCUGCAGCUCCAGCAUCUUCUUCGUCGUCCGAAAGAUCUACUUUCUCGAAGGCGAUAGAUGCAGCUCCGGCCUUUUCAUCGAGCAGUAGUAGAACAACCACAAGGCCGCUCGUUCUGUUGCAGGUGGGCAGUAGGAAGGAGAGGAUGCUGGUGGGCCGCAAAAAUAAAAACACUUGGUUUUACAACACGAAUCCAAAAGAAGUACCUCCAGCUAUUAAGGCGGAUGAAGUACUUCUAUUUUCAAACGCGGAUUCCGCUGAAGGUGCCGGUGACCCAGCGCACGAAGAUGUCGUCCCGGAGCAAGAGUCCAACUUCGAAACUUCGGACGAAAAUAAAGCCCCGAUAGUGCCACCUGUGAAAGAUUCGGCUGGAGGUACAACUCCAACUGCUAGUGAAGACCAAAAAGAUGGAGACGCUGCUGACUCAACGCACGAUGCGCGGGAGCAGAAGUUUAACAACAUUUACGAAAACGAGAACUGGAGCAGCGCAGGCGGCGGCUCCGGUCCGGGCAGCACCGUGAACGCAACGGCCGGGCUGCGGGAGCAGUUGCACACGAUCAUCAAAGAAAGGAACAUCGACAUAAUGCUGGACGUCCCCUGUGGGGCCAUGGAAUGGACGUCGGUCUUUUUGCGCGAGGUUUGGAAAUACAAGAAGGAUUUUCAAUACGUCGGCAUCGACAUCGCGGACACGCCCCUCGACGAAGCGAAAGCCCGGUUUUCCGCGGCAGAAAGCGGCAACAAUAUCCAGUUGAUGCAGGCGGAUUUGUCCUUGCGAGCACCGGCUAACGCGGGCCUCUUGGAGAAAAUCGGGGCCGCCUUGGCGACCGCGGAAGGAAGAGUAAAGGGAAAGAAUGCGCUCGCACUAACCAGGGACGCGGUGCAGCACUUGUCCUUAAAGUCCGCGUGUCAGCUAUUAGAAUGAAAAAUGCCCCCACCCCCGAACUUGGGAGCAUUUGUAUUGCAAACCUUUCCAAAUGAAACAUUCGCCCUCUUGCAUCUAUCAGCAUCACAGGUUUCCAAUCGUGAAUAGCAAAAGUUUGCAUUGCAAAAGACCCCAGGAAGAGCGGAGCUUGUCAUGCAAGCGAUGCGAUACACAUACACGCCUAGACUCUGCAUCAGAAAGAUUCAUACUCCUUUCAUGCAUGACAAAAAGUUUUCAUUUCGAAACUUCGCAUCACAAAUUUUUGCAAUUUUGGGGGUGGGGGCAUUUUUCACUGUAAUAUCAGCUCGUGGAGAACAUCCGGGACGCCACGGUCACGAAGAGCCACAAGCUUGAUACCUGGUUUAUGGCGUUCUCAACUGUUACAUCCUCAACUGCUACAUGGGUUUGUGAUGCAAGAACGGCAACAGUGAAAGAGGGGACCUUGCGCGUCUUGCGUGACAGAUGUGGCACAGAUUCUCAGCCUGUUGGGCUCUACAACUUCGAGAAUUUGUAAUGCGAAGCAGCUUGACCUUGAUCGUGUCGAUUCUGAUUGCAAUCUUGCAUGACAAAUCAUGUAACAGUUGAGAAUGUAACACUUGAGAACGCCAUUGGGUUGAUAGGCCACUAUCCGAAAGGGAACAAUACUGUAUAGACUUUUAUUUGCGCGUUGUGAGGACUACAUUUUCGUGAAACAAAUAGUUAUCGGCUUCAUGCUUAUUUUCAUAUUCAUAUUCAUAUUCCUACCGUGUCGACGUUGGGCAAGUGUUUUGUAAUCUUGAUGAAAGAAUUGGAACUCGGUUGAAAUAACUUUGCACAUUUUUUGGGUCCUCGUCAUCGUAGUGUAGAAGAAGUGGUCAUACGGACUAAGUGAUCGUUCAGACAAAGUUGCGGGCGGUUUCAAGACUACGACCAUUCAUAACCCCAUGAUCUACAUCCCAGGAAGCCGCUGUGGACGGCGGCCAAAUAUUGAACAACAUGUUGGAGUGGCCGUACAAGAUGGGCGAGCCAGAACUCCUGUUGCGGGAACGAGGGAUUCCUGUUGGCGAGCAAACAAAAUGGGAAGCAGUAUACCGGCCCUGGGAGGAUUGGAAAGCCGCGAACUUUCAGGCCUGUUCCACUGGUAUCUCGCUGCAGAGUUUCUUGCAGACUUUUUCGAGGUUGGCGGAAGGUACGACGAGUAGAAAAACACAAGAACCUCCUGCUCCCCCAGUCGUUCUUUUGCAAGUGCAGAGUCGGAGGAAGCAAAAAAAUAUCGAUGCUGACGCAGAAAUCAUGCGAAGAAGUAAGGCUGCCGCUGAAGCAGAAAACGCCGACGAAGCUGGGGAGGCACAGGUCGCAUCACAGCAGGAAUUGCACGGGGACAUAAACCAACGCAGAAGUGAUCCCUGUCGCGAGUGGGAUUCUUCACAGAAGAUGGAUUUCGAGGUGAGUGAAGCCACGUUUUGUCAACUUGCAUAACUACGUAAGAACGUAAAUACAUCAGCGCGUUUGGUACUUUUGCUUUUGGGCACGCGCACGAAUUUCGAACUCAACACCUCUGUGCUCCUGAUGUUCCGUGUACGAAAUAAAGCGCAAGAACAUCUAUCUGGUAAUAAAUCUGAAAAUUUUUUUUACCAACAGAUGACAGACCGGUUUAUUCAACAUCGCAAAAGUUCUUUUUAAUAAAUGACAGACCGGUAGUUUUUCGAAUGCGCAGAAGAUUACUGGAAGUGCACAACUGGAGGCGCCAGCCUGCUACCCCUCCGCAAUCCAGAUGAUGGUGCGUGAGCAGCUGUCGCAGCACUUCGGCCUCUGCCCGGACCAGGUCAGGGUGGAUCCGGAGGUGUCCUGUGCGGAGCAAGCGCUGGAAAGCCGCGGGGACGCGCAACCGGUGACGGUCGGCUACACGAUAUUCGGGGCGGACGAAAAGCAAUUGGAACAUCUGCGGGAGCUAAAAGCGGGGGAGAUUGACAUUUCCAGUACGGGAAGUGGCAUCAAAGCGUUAAAGUUCACUCAGGAGGUAGAAGUAGCGAGGAUGAAUCCACCAGCAAGAACUAACCCUGUUGCAUUGAAAUCUUCCUCCAAAAUCGAAGCCGCAUUAGAGCGGAA